UAUGUAAUUCUUAUAUUACUGCAUAAUUUAUUGCCACUUACGGCCACGGCGGGUCUGUUCGCAGGAGAAAGUGUUGUAUUUACAUCCAUCGAGAAGUCUCCGGUCGUUUGGGAAUUGCGGGAACAGACACUCGGAGAUCCGGUCCACCGUCCUAUUCCUCCAAAGAUGUCCUCAACUUUCAGCGGCGAUGAAACUGCUCCCUUCUUCGGCUUCCUCGGCGCCGCCGCCGCACUUGUUUUUUCCUGUAUGGGGGCUGCAUACGGGACAGCCAAGAGCGGGGUGGGUGUAGCGUCGAUGGGUGUAAUGAGGCCGGAGCUGGUGAUGAAGUCGAUAGUGCCCGUUGUUAUGGCCGGUGUGCUUGGUAUUUAUGGAUUGAUUAUUGCUGUUAUCAUCAGUACCGGAAUUAAUCCCAAAGCCAAAUCAUACUACCUCUUCGAUGGUUACGCUCAUCUCUCUUCUGGACUUGCUUGUGGCCUCGCUGGUCUUUCCGCUGGCAUGGCAAUUGGGAUCGUUGGCGAUGCUGGUGUUAGAGCUAACGCACAACAGCCGAAACUUUUUGUUGGAAUGAUCCUCAUUCUUAUCUUUGCUGAAGCAUUGGCACUUUAUGGAUUGAUUGUUGGCAUCAUCCUUUCAUCCCGAGCUGGUCAGUCAAGAGCUGACUGAAAGAAGACCGAACUUGCUUGGUGUCUUCUUUACCAGAUACUAGUUGUACUGUUAAGGGUGUCAAUUUUACUGCCAGAUUAGGUAAUUUAUCUAGAUUUAUGGUAGAAUGUAGAAUUAGAAAUCAUUUCCUUCAAUAAUUAUAAAACCAUCAUCGUGUGAUCUUUGUUUCAUCAUUAAAGCUGUACUUAUUGAUGCUACCAUUUGAGACUGUUGAAGAAAUAUUGUUUGAAAUUCUUUGGCUAUUCUAAAUGCCGCACUUUUGCCAUCAAAUUCAAAAAUAUUAAAAUAUUGAGAUUGUU